CCGCGGUGGGAGCUCUUGGGCCCCUUCAGCGUGCUGCAAGUCAAAGUCGAGGAGCCCGAGCCGGAGGGGGGAAACUCCCUGGGCAGCCACACGGACGGCGGGGGGUCGGUGGGCGAGACCAGGAGCUCCCCAUCUCCGCGGAGGGGUAAAGGGGGGGCCCGCGGCGCCAUCAAGAGGGAAAGGGACGAUGAAAGGGUCAGCGGAGCAAGCCAGGAGGAGGUGAAGGCGCUGAAGAAGAGGUGGAAUAGGAAGGAGCCCCGGAGAGGCGGUGAUGUCAAAGGGGAGCCGCCUAACACGGCCUUCGAGGCUUGCAGGGUGAAGAGGGAAAAGGACUAUGGCCCGGCUGGAGCUCAGGCCAGCACUGAUGACCGCACGGUGCAGCAGCGCGGGGGCUUUGGGGUCUCCCCCGGAUUGCUGCAGAACCCAGUUGUGUUGCAGCCCUUACCGCCUGGGACCCGCAUACAGAUCCAAAGCCCUCUGCCGCCAGAGAUGAUCCACGCAGCUAAAGUGCCGGUGGGACAAGUGCCGCUUAAAAGGAAGGCUUUACUGGAGCAUCCAGUAAAGAUUGAAACUAAAAAUGUUCCCUUCACAGUACUGCCCUCCGAUUCAGGUAUGGCAGAUGCUCCAUUUAGCAAGGACAGAAGUGGCCACGUAAAGCGUCCAAUGAACGCAUUUAUGGUGUGGGCUAGGAUUCAUCGGCCUGCCCUAGCAAAAGCUAACCCAGCUGCCAGUAAUACAGAAAUCAGUAUUCAGCUUGGACUGGAGUGGAGCAAACUGACUGAAGAGCAAAAGCAGCCCUAUUAUGAUGAAGCACAGAAAAUAAAACAAAAGCACACAGAGGAAUUUCCUGAUUGGGUUUAUCAACCACGACCAAGCAAAAGGAAGCAUUUUCCACUGCCUGUCUUUUCCAGCACUUCUCAGAGUAUCACCGGUACAAAUCCAGCUGGUGUUUAUCCUUUCCCAUCACCUGCUUACUCUGUUGUCAUCCCCAGUGUUAAGAACAGUAUUGGACAUCCAGUCUGUGAGUCUCCUGCUAUCCGUCUGCCAGCUUCUUCCAUUCAACAUGCUGUUCCAGUUACUCUUCUCCAGACAGCUAGUGCAAGCACCACAUCAGUGGCUGUCCCAGCUCCAACUCUGCCCCUGCACCCUGUGUUUUCACCACAGCACUUUGUUAAACCUGCUCAGACAGAAGCUCUUGAUGUAUCUAAGCUCAAUUGCUCUCUGAAGAGACCUUCACCAGUUUUCAUUGAGAGCUUCAGCAGAAACCCAAGUAACAUAACCACCACUAAUGGCAGAUUUUCUGUCCCUAAUAGUGAGCCCCCAAAGGAGUACCCAGGGGUUUCUGCUUUUCCUAGAGGUGUACCUCUUCCCCAGGCUACCCCUUUUCUUCACUCACAUUUCUACAAGUCUCCUCCCAUUGGUCAGCCAGCCAGUCUGUUUGGAUUGCCUCCUCGGUGUUCAUUCUACCACCCUUACUUUUUACCUGGACCUCAUUAUACCCCCUCAAGCACAUGCCCGUUCAGCCGACCUCCACUUCUCCACCUCGGUAGGAAUUUCUCCCGCUCAGCGCCUGGCUUUUAUGAAGACAGGUACCAAAGACAGGAGGCGAUGUUUUCAACUCUGAACAGAGACUAUCCUUUCAAAGAAUAUCAAACAGAAAGUAUACGUGAGAACCACCACAGCUUUGAGUGCCUUGACGUAGUGUCUUGCCACGACAAAUGCAACGAGGAGCAGUAUUUAAGCCCCCUAUCACAGCCGGAUGCUGGAGCAUUGGAGGAGGUUUUGUCAGCUGCCUCAUCUCCCUCCAGCACCCACAUAAUCAAUGUAACUGACAGUGAUGAGGAAGAAAUAAAGCUGCAAGAUUUGUAAUUUUUAAAACAAGUUAUAAUACAGAGAAAUAUUAUAGAAUGGGAAGUAAAUGUUUUCGUCAGCGUUGUGUUCAGUGGAAGCCCAUGUAUUUUGAGCGAGCUGUGCAGGCCAUUUUGAAGAGCCUGAUGAUCUGUUUGCAUUUUGAGAGAUCACAUACAGAUCUAGGGAGGUCAGAAGCCUCUGGAGUUUCACCUGCUUCAUCUGGGCAUUGUUUGGGCUCUGGCUCAGGAAAGCACUUACACAGGAAUUCAGCUCUAAGCAUGUGAUAAUGCACUUUCCUGAGGAGAGAUGUGUUUAAGUACAUACUUUUAAGGUCAAAAUAGGCAUUUUGAUAGUAUUUGCUGUAAUUUUGUAGGUAUUACUUUAAGAGUUUUAGCUAUAAAAUUCUGGUGUAUGACUGUAAUGUAGUUCUUGCUGCAGGAAAAUAUUGUAAGACCUGGAGAGUAAAGCCAAGAAUGAUUCUGCACUGCUUUAUGUUUUUCCUUCGAUGAGACAGUUUUAAGUUUGGUUAAUUUUUAACUGUAGUCUGUGGUACAACUGCUAUAUAAUGCACUGAAAAUUUAGAUCUCUUUCAGUAAUAUUUUGGUCUGCAGCUCAUUCCAUUAAUAAAAAUGUGGUUGUCCAGAAGGCGUGGUGAUGCAUGGUAGCCCCCAGAGAGAGGAAAAUGGAUGGGAUCUGGCUGUGACUUAUGUUAGUGGGCUAUGACUUGAUCCCUGACCCUAGUCAGUACUGUGUUCUCCAGAGAAUACCAAAUUCUCUGAAGAAUAUCAAAGCAUUUUAAUAGAGUAUUUGUCCUGAACUUGGAGAGUAAUGAAAUUCAAA